AUGGCGGCGGCUGUCACCUCUAGCCGACCAUACCAUGUUAUUAUUUUCGGUGCUUCUGGAUUCAGCGGGCAGUUUGUCGUGGAGGAGGUCGCCCGGUAUGCUGCGGGGAGUCCCGGCGGUGGUGGUGCUGGUGGUUCGGCCCCCCUGAAGUGGGCCGUGGCCGGGAGGAGCAGACAGCGCCUGGAGGACGUGUUGAAACGAGCUGCAGAGAGGCUGUGUAUGUGCUGCUGCUGCUGCUGCUUCAGUGUGGUUUUCUGUAGAUAACCGUGAAGACAGAGUUCACUGACAGACUCUAACGAUCAAAUGUCACUGCCUGGAGGAAACUUUACACUCCUGAGUGACAGGAGAAUCACUCUGAGCUGGUGUUACUGCUGUGGUUUGGCUCUGUGGGUGGUUCUGUAGAUACAAGAGGACAGUUUAACAUGAAAUAAAGUUCCUGAGAGCUUCAGAACAGUUCUUAAAGAGGGUAUUAAACCUUAAAAAUGGACCCCAGUCUGACUUACAGUUAGUUAAUUCUCAGUAAUUGGACAUUUCUAGUGUUUACAGUAGUUUACAGAGAUGAGGACACCUUGUUCCUAUCAGGGUUUAACACUGACACAGCUUAAAGCUCAAGUUUGGCCAAAUUUUAUUCACAUUUGCUGAUCAUUUUAGAGUAAUUUAUCAAAACAAUAGUGCAAAUAGUUUCCACAAGUUAAUGAUUUUAAAGGCGUCCGAAUGUGGUCAUUAUGGGGUAAGGGCUAGGGCUGGGCGAUAUGGACCAAAAGUCAUAUCCAGAUAUAUUUAGGCUGAAUAUCGACAUACGAUAUAUAUCCAUAUAUUGUUUUCGCAAAGUAAGAGCAAAAGCCAAAUGUGACACGUCACAAGUAGUUUUAUUUAAACUGGCCGGAUGAAAUUAUGCUCAGCUGUUACAAUAAAAUGUAAACAUAAAUACUGUAUAACCACAGGAGCACCUUUGUUGUCCAGAAGGUACACAUUUAAAUAGCCCAUAAAGUGAAAUAGGCCAAUCUUUUUCUGAAAUGUCAACAACAGUGUUUGAUAUCUGUAUCUCGAUAUGCGAAAUGGUCCAAUGUUGAUGCUUUUCUCAUAUAAAUAGAUUUAUUUCAGAAAAAGAUUGGCCUAUUUUACUUUACAGGCUAUUUUUUAGUAAAAGUUAUAUUUUUCAUUUAAAUGUGCACCUUAUGGAGUUCCAAUUUAACACUCCUGUGGUUAUACAGUAUUUAUAUUUACAUUUUUUUGUUCUUUGAACAUGCUAAAACUACUUCUGACAUGUCAUAUUUGGCUUUGACUGUGACUAAACAUUUGCUCUCACUUUGCGAAAACAUUACCAGGAUAUAUAUCGCAUAUCGAUAGCCUAGAUAUAUCUGAUAUGACUUUUGGUCCAUAUUGCCAGGCCCUAAUUGGGGUAUUUUUACAGGAUGUGUGAGACGUGUCCACUAAACAAUCGAUGAACAAUAACCUCUCUUCCUUUUGUUUGACAGCCAUGCCUGAGCUGAGGACAGACAUCGAAAUCAUAGUUGCUGAUGUGUCUAUUGAAGAGUCCCUGGAUCUCAUGUGCCAGCAGGGUCUGGUGAUUCUGAACUGUGUUGGGCCUGUAAGUAUGCUGUCCAAACAGUUUUUUAAAGUGGACUCAAACCUAUAAAACACGCCGCAGUCUUUUCUCAUGUUAAACAAUCCUCUCCCUGUUCUCUGGUUCUCCAGUACAGAUUUUACGGUGAGCCAGUGGUCAAAGCUUGCAUAGCAAAUGGAGCGCACUACAUAGACAUCAGCGGGGAGCCUCAGGUGGUGAAAUUAAUGUUCAUUUCUAUGGUUAUUUUGGGUGUUGGGCUGCUGAUUGUAUCUGUGUUCGGAACUUAAAAUAACCUGACUGAUUUAUGUCUUGCUUGUGAAUGGUGUCCAUGUAAUGCAACACCCUUUGUUGUGUAACGUGUGUGUGUUUUACGAUCUCUUUCUCCUCUAGUUCCUGGAGCGUAUGCAGCUGGAGUACCACACUGAGGCUCUCGACAAAGGGGUUUACGUGAUUGGCAGCUGUGGCUUCGACUCCAUACCUGCAGACCUCGGUAUUCUGUACAUGCAGAAGCAGUUUAAAGGUGAGAGACUCAUCACAAGUCUGGUCAGCUUUGGUCUACUGGAUUCUGAAUUCGGUUAAUUUGAUCUGGUUUCAGGAACACUGACAGCUGUGGAGAGCUUCCUGAAAUUCACCUGUGGACCUGAGGUACACCAGACUAGUACAGCUUCUGCUCAGCAUGAUGGGAAAUGCAGUCUUUAAUCUCUUCCAAAUAAUGUCAUUAAGCUGCUCUGGAUAAGAAUAUGACUUUCAAUAAAUAUACGCAGAGGAAAGUUAAUCACAUUAAAAUCUUUGCGCCUCAGACAGAAUUUAAAAUCCGUCUUAACCCUCGCAGGGGUCGUCCGGCCAUGACGCCACUUGGCAGUCGGCCGUGUACAGUUUCGCAGACAGCAGAUCUCUCCGGCAGCUGAGGAGGAAGUUUGGCCACAAGCCGCUGCCUGUGGUGGGUGCCAAAGUCAAACAGAGGUAAGUGGUCAGGUAACUGAGCAAUUAGUGUCUGGCUGAAACUGGACUGUGAGUAAUGAUAUUUGUAUUAAAAUGCAGGUCUGGGUUAUAAACUCACAUUUACUGAUUGAAUGAGAUUAUAUUUGAAUGUUGGACCUGAAGGACCAUAAUCUGAGGAAACGUGCUUUAACUUUACUGCAUUAAUAGGCGGGUGCAUUUAUGAAAAACAACCACCUAACUCUAAAAAAAUUCUAACAAAAGGUUUCUCAACUGUUUUUUUAUAGUAUUAGAUGUCCUCAAUAACACACUUAAAGUUUACCAAAGUUUGACCACUAGAAAGGCGUCAUUUUCUCGAUGGCGUCCAUGAUGGGUAGGAGACAAGCCAGGUGAAUAGGGUAACAUUUUUAACGGACUGGUAUCACCAUGAAACUUUCCAAGUUUAUAACUUACAUUAAGACAAAUAUUUUUUGUAUUACAAGUUUUGUCAAAUGUUAUGUUUGAAUAUGUAAAUGAGGUAAUGUCUAAUUAAAUAUGCACUAAUUUACAUACAUUUCCAGAACCCAAAACUGAACAAUGAUAAAGCCCCUUAGAAACUCACUCAGUCUUCUCCUAUGAUGGGAUGAACAAUAGAGGCCUCUAUUUUCCUGCAGACAAGUCCAAACCUACUGAAGUGUACAACAUGGGAGGGAGAGUGUGAUGACUGGUAAAUCUAGUAAAGGUCCCAUUUAAGAAUAGAGUGUAAAAAAGUAAAAAUAAUACCAGAAUAAGAUGAUAGACCUGAAGGAAAUAUACAAAGAUAUGUAUAAAAAUAUGUUUUAAGAUUUGUUAGCAAAACUGAGCCUUCACAUGGCAGCCCUGUUUGGACUAAUUUUACAGUACUACACAGUUGUAAUGGAUUAAUUCUUUCAUGGUUAUGAACCACAGAAACCACCAACACAAGGCAAAACAAUAUGAGAAAGGAGAAAUAUGCAAUUACUUAAGGGAAAUUUUACUUAUUUUUUCAAAUAAAUGUGCUAGUGACAAAUUGCUUUAAUAUAUAAUUGUACUUGUAAUCACUUAUCUAUUAUACAACUAUACUAAUUAGACACAUGUAUCAGGCACCGGUAUUCCUGGUCUAGAAUGAAUACAAAGGAGUAAUGGUCAUUUUAAGGACCUGAAAAAAACACAUGUGGUGGUGAGAGUAUUUUCUCAUUUACAGAGUGAUAAAAAGAGAUAUCCAAAGUCCCCUCCUCCCCUCCUUCUGACUCUAGUAUGUCAACAAAAUAAAACAAGAAUUUUGAAAGGGUCUUUAUCUGUUGUUCAGAUUUCUGUCAGGGAAAUGUAUGAAAAUUUGUGCAUAUUUAAUUAGAUAUGACCUCAUUGACAUAUUCAAACAUAACAUUUGACAAAACUUGUAAUACAAAAUAUAUUUGUCUUAAUGUAAGUUAUAAACUUGGGAAGUUUCAUGGUGAUAUCUGUCUGUUAAAAAUUUUACCCUAUUCUCCCUGGUCUUCCAAUCCAUUGUGGACGCCAUCAUGAAAAUGACGCCUGUAAACUUUUAGUUUGUUAUUAAGGACAUCUAAUACUAUAAAAACAGCUGAGAAUAACCUGACUAUAAAGCUGCAAGCAUAGAUAGACUAAGUGAGUGUGAACAAUAAUUUUCUAACAGUGAAUGGUUCACAGAAUAAAUGAACAGGGACCCAAAAAUUCAGACAAAAAAGUAUUUGAUAAAAGCGUACUUCAAAAAACACACAGAGAAAGAGAACAGACUGACACAAACACACACAGACAAAGAACCAACCAGGACAGAGGGAAGACGGGACUUUAUACAUGCUGGGAAACGAGCAACAGGUGCGGCAGACGAGACACAGGUGAAACUCAUGAGUGAUUAACGAAGGAGGGAAAACCAAGGAAGCAGAAACACAAGGAAUCAACUCCUACAAAAUAAGACCGGGAAUAAAUACUGAAAACUGAUCUGAAGAAUAAAACACAGAGAACAGGAGGGAAAUAGGAUCAAACACAAACUGAAAACUCAAAUAAAACCAGGAGAAAACAGAAUAAUCCGAACAUAUCAUGACUGUUUGUUUGUUUUUUCGCAGGAGUUUUCUCUUUUUCAGCAAAGAGAUCGACCAGUACACUAUUCCAUUCAUGGGGUCUGACCACUCUGUCGUUAAGAGGACUCAGCGUUUUCUCUACGAGGAGGAUCAACAGUCCCCGGUAAGUCCUCAUUAUUAAAACAACUUUUUGUUUUUAGAUAAUUACUCUUUAUUGUUCGCCUUCUGCACAGAGUCACAAUCUGCUUUGAUUGUGAUUUAAUCUCUCUGUUAACGGCGGCUGACACAUCCGUUGUCUCACAUGAACGAUCCUCCGUAUGUCGAGGGGGCAUCAGUCAUCUGCUGCGCUCUUUCAAUCAUUUGUUCGCCGCCGUGCAACAAAUGUCACAAUUGUAAUCUGCAUGAAAAACAAAGGAGAGGAAAAUGAUUGUGUGAUCAUAAUCACCUCAUUAUCAUUUGUCAGAUGAUUUGUGAUAGCCCACAUAACGGUAAUUCGUUGAUUUGAACAUGAUCGGGCUCACAAACAUCUGUUAGGGACAACAGAGCUCGCAUGCAUCGACACAAAAGUAGACUCUGGGUGUUUUUUUUGUCUAAACUUGAGUGUUUUCCUGUUCAAGGGACUGAUUCGUACAUGCAGCAAAGGUCACAACUUGCCUGGGUUGUUGUUUUGAGGCCCCUCAGUGACAACCCAACACCAAGUCAGUGAACCCCAGUGUUAGACAGAGGCGACUGGAGGCUCUACUUCUGCUCUUUAGAGGAACAAACUCACAAACGCUCUCAUGUUUUCUAUUUUUAGUGUAGUUACACAAAUCCCGGGCUUCUCUGGUCGAAAUGGAUCAUCCUAUCUUUGUUUUCACCACUUUAGGGCUCUUAUUCGAGAGUCUCGCACCCUCAAAAAGCUCAUUUUUAACAUAUUUUUAUAUAACUCAAUAUCGACAAGAUCAGUCUGAUAUUUUGUCAUGUUGGAUCAUUUUUCCAAAUUCUAUUAGAAGUGAUCAUUGCAAACCCAGCUAAUGUCACCUGAGGAUUCUCAGGGUUGUAGUUCCUGCAGCUAGGGGUUUCCAGAUACAAUAUUGAUAUCGGAUAUUGGCCUUAAUUAUCAGUAAAAAAUUGAAUAUCAGAUUAUAUACUAUAUACUGUAUAUAGUAUAUACAGUCUAUGGAAUUUUCUCACACUAAGGAGGAGGGUGAACUCAGCCUCCUAUCUUCUCUAACAUCUGAUUCUGUUCUCCAGCCCAGAGGCGCUCCACCAAGCUGGACUCGGCUCCAUGAAUUACUGCGGUCUAGAUCGUUAUCUCAUUGUUUGUGGCUCGAAACAAAAGCGUCUGCUAAACAAAUAAACGUAAACUCCCAUGAAAUCAAUAAUUUGGCACGCUUUGUUCCGGGCUGUAAAAAAACAGGCGUGUUUAGAAAUGUGGAGCUUUGUCUGAGAAGAACGAUCUCCCUCUCUUCUGUGUCACUCAGAAUCACGCCGUAUCACGUCUUUCUUGUUCGGACUUCGUGUCUGCGUCUCGGCUUCGGAAAAAUCAAACCUAUUUCCCUCCUGUACCUGUAACUAGGUCAGCCUUUCCUGCAGCUGUCUCUGUUUUGAUCACAGCCGGAGACUCGGCCUUAAUGAAACCGCCUCAUUACGUUGUUUAGGCCGCCAUCUACCAGCUAAGUGGAAAUAUGAUGACUCAUCUGGAGUGAUUCAUCACUUUCUACUCUGCUGCUCAUUACUCCCUUUGACAUCUCAUCUCACCCUCCCUCUCGCACCGCUGUUUUUUGUUUCUGUUUUCACGCCAUGUCCCCCUCCUCCUCCUCUUCUUCCUCUCUCUCUAUAUUGAUGCUGCAUUUCUUCUCAUCCUUGUACCUCUUUUUUAUCCUUUUCUAAUUCCUCCUCCUCCUCAUCUCUUCUCCUUUUAUCACUUUAAUCUUAUUCCUUCUUUCAUGUCUCUCCCUCUUUUAACCUCCCCUUCAUCUCUCUCAUUUUGCCUUCCUCUCUACAGGUCCGCUACAGUCCCUACGUCGGGGUCGGGGGCCUCUUCUCCGUGGUGAAGAUCUUCUGCGGCGGUCUGGUUUUCUGGCUCAUGGUGAAGUUCAGCCUUGGAAGGAAGCUCCUCACCUCGGUAGCUACCUUCACCUCGUUAAUUUGCGUUGAUUCAGGGUCUUUUGGCUGUUUAAAGAUUUAUGAGAUUCACAGUCAGGUGUGGGUUUGUAGCUGAAAGGCUUCCUCUGAGCUACUCCUGUUAGAUGCAGCAGGAGAGUGUGGCAACAACUGUGAUAUUACACAAUGCGUAUGUGUGGGAAAGUGUUACAAAUCGACAUGGAUUAUAUAAUUUUAUUGAUCAGCGCUGCGAUUCAAGAACGAGGGUCCUGGAGAGAGAGUAGAUCAGCUUUAAAGAGACAUAAAACUUCACUUUUAAUCUAAUGUUUCUGUCCAGACUCAGUGGAUUUAAACAUGUUUGUGUGUUUUUUCCUCGAAAGUUCCCGUCGUUCUUCUCCUUUGGCUUGUUCACCAAGUCUGGUCCAACCAUGAAGCAGGUAAGACGACACUGGAGGUGCUUGACAUGUUCUCAGUGUGACAAAAAUGAGUCACGCUGAAGGUUAGGGUGUAAAAAUACAACAUUUGAGUCUCAUUUCUGUCUAUUUAAUGAGCUCUAAAGGGAUAUUCCGGCAAAAAAAAAUAAUUUAGGGUCAAACACACCAGAAUACCGAGUUAGACAGCCCAUCAAGAGACGAAUGUUGCCGACCGCUUGCUUCUCUAGUUAUACCAACUUUAGUAACGACCGCAGGAUAGCAACACAGAGAGCCAUGCGCUCAACCAAGAUACCACUCUAUAGCCACAAAUAAUGCUCAGAACAGCACCUAACUUCAUCAACAGGACAUAUAGGGUCACAGCCAUAGUACUAGCCACCAAACAUCUUUUUAACUUUGACUAAUUUCUUUAGCAAAGAGACUAAACACAACUCACCUACUCUCUUCCAGCAGCCGCUUGUUUGUCGCGAGACCUUGGGCCAGUCCAUUACGGACUACAGCGGGGUGACGCAGCUCAAGGAAGAACAUUUAUGAUCAUUUCUUUAUCAUUUCCUUGAAGUAAUAAUCACAAUAUUAAUCAUUUUUUCACAGCAGAUGCGGUAGUUCUUCUGCCUUAGCGUCUCGGUCUGAUUGUAUUUCCAUGAAGUAAUAAUCAAUACAGCUCUCUGUAUUGCUAGCGUGCGGUCGUUAGUAAAGUUGGUAUAACUAGAGAAGCAAGCGGUCGGCAACAUUCAUCUCUCGAGGGGGUGUCUAACCCGGUGUUAUGGUGUGUUUGACCCUAGCUUAAUUUUACGCCGGAAUAUCCCUUUAACUUUGAUUUUAUAAACACUUCAGUGUUACUACGAAUAAAUUUGAUCAAUGUCCAGGUCUUAAAAAGUAUAGAAAAUGAAAAAUAAAGUGUGGAAAAAUAUUUAUGUUUCCAGACUUUUACCACGGUUCUAAAAUAAUGUUUUAUAAAAAAGAAAAAAAGGUAUUUCCAAAAAUAAUUGUAAAAAUUAGAGUAUGAAAAUGUAUGAAAAUUCCAACUGUGUAGGAACCCUGCAAAUUGUUAGCCACUUAAAAACAUGAACAGAGAGUCUUUGUUUUAAUUUCCACUCUGAUGUUUUCAUCGCCUUCUUUCUCUCCUCAGAUCGAAGACACCUGCUGCAGCAUGACGUUUUACGGCGAGGGUUACUCAGAGGGUUCAGAUCCUGCACAGGGUCAGCCCAACGCCAAGAUCUGUACUCAGGUCACAGGAGCAGGUAAGAACCACCAUCACAACAUCAUAAAACCAUUAUUAUACAACAAAACACUCAAUUAAAACUGUUUGGAUUUUUGUUUUAAAGUCAUAAAAUCUGAAAAUUCAGAUUAUUGAUCACCAGUUAUUGAUAUUUUUGUAACAGUAGGUCCAAACUGCUGGUGAAGCACAGUCACAGUUAGUUCCUGUCUGUGCUAUUAUACUUUACUACCUGUAUGUAAACAAACACAGGUGACAGACGGCAUCUCUAACAUGUACAUGGACAUUAAUGAUAAUAACAAUAACAUUAUUUUUGUAGCACUUUUAAAAACAAAGGUUUACAAAAGUGCUUUGACAAAUGGCAUUUAGUUUUUCCAGCAUUUAAACGGAUUAUGGAGAGAUAAUUAAAAAUAAUCAAAGGAAGUCUAUAAACUGGAGAGAGCUUGGGCUGGGGUAGAACUGGGGGGCAUUUAAAAUACAGUCAUUAGUGAAAAAAAAUGGAUGUUACAAUAUUGCAUUGGUGUAAUAAUAUUAUUGAUGUAAAGUGGACCAAGGAUAGACCCCUGCGGAACUCCGUUUAUGAUAGUGAGAUUAAAAACAAUCAAUGCAAACAGUCAGAGAGGUAAGAAUAGAACCAAAUAAGUGAAGAGUUAUAUAAAUAAGUAAGAUUUUAUGAUCGACAGUAUCAAAUGCUUUGGAGAGACAAAAUUGUUUACUAUCCAGAGAGGAGAAAAUGUCAUUUAAAAUGAGACCAUGAGGACAAAAAUAAAAACAUAAAAUGUAAAAGUAUAACAAAAGCUAAAAAGACAGUAAAGCUGGAAUAAGACAGAGGUAAAAAGAGAUAAAAGAUAAAAGACUGUAUCACAUAAAAGCAAGUUUGUAAAAGUGAGUUUUUGACUUAUUAAACUGCAGCUAAGCUAACAUUAUCUCCACCCAGUAAACCAGUUUGAUAUUGUUUACUUAGACGCUGUGAUCCUGUUUAUCUCUAUUAAACGCUAAAUUAGUCUUUCGAGAGUUUCUGAGCAGAUUUACAUUUCUGUCUCAUCUCUUCGUUUCUUCUCGUGUUUACAGACGGAUAUGUAAUCACGGCGUCUGCGAUGGUUCAAGCUGCUGUAACCUUGCUGAAUGAGCUGCACUCUCUCCCCAGAAGGUUAGCUCAUCUGUUUUGUGAUCCCCUCACUCUUUUACACUUUUAGUUAAUUAUCUCUAUCUGCUUGUUUUUUGAUGCUCAAAGUGUCCCCCUCUCUCUCUUGUUGUUUACAGGGGGGGCGUGUACACUCCAGGAGCUGCCUUCUACAAAACGAGUCUCAUCGAGCGCCUCAAUAAUCACAGCCUCAAGUUCUCGGUUAAAGCCAACAUCAGCCAUUCAAAGUAG